UGUGCUCUCUCAGUAACAGAAAGUGGCCGCCUCUCCGCCGCCGCUGCAGACUCAAAGCUCACAGACUCGCUCGGCGCCUUUAACCGCCAUUUUGGAGUCAGGGAACCGAGAGUCGGCAGCAGCGACGAGAGACACGCGAAAGGGGCCACACGGGGGGGCCGAGGCUGGAAUGUUUGUCUAAAUGUGCCUUAUGAUUGGCUGGCGACCAGUCCAGGGUGUACCCCACCAAGUCAGCUCGGAGCGACUGAAACUCACCCGACCCUAAUGAGGAUACGUGCUAUGGGAAAUUGAGAGAUGGAUUGAUCUUCUUUACAUGGCGGCAUGGUGGUGACCUAGUGGGUUUUGUGUAUCCAAAAUCCUGUAAUCGAGGAAAAUGACAGUGCUUACGGAGGAGUAAAAGUCCCUGCCCAGCUGGGCGGGUGGAGGUAUCCGAACUUGCAUGGCGUCGGGGCAGGGCCGGCGGCUUGAGCCGGCCGGAGUGGCAGGGGGCUCGUCGGGGCUGGCCAAACCUCUCUACUUGCAACGCUUGGAGCGCUCUCUGAGGCUGGACAGCUUUCUGCGCCAAACGGCCACCAUCUUCAACAGAGACGUUACCAGCGAUGACAGCGACGACAGCGAUACCGCUCUUGGCUCCGGGCUCUCCAUCGAACCCUUGACGGUGAAGAGGGAGCCCUGUGACCAAGGGGACGCCUUUGUUGAAAGCAAGCCCCUCAAUGGCAUUCUUUUGCAAGACCAAAAGACGACGGACAAAGCAAACCUGUACAAUUUCUCUAAAAUGAAGAAGAACCGGAAAUGGUUGAAGAGCCUGUUGUUGAGCGACAACACUACAGAUUCAGACACGGACUCGGACGACUCGGACUUCAGUUUGUCGCGUGACGAGUUGCACGACAUGCUGAGGCUGCACCGCUACACCAGGCAACACCAGAACAAGUUCCACACGGAUCGUGAGCUUCAGCAGUACCAGUUUUACAGCACGGGCCUCCUCUCCAGUCAAGACCUCUUCUAUGAGCAACAGCGCCACCUCGUGGGCCCAAAGAAAAAGAAAAUCAAAGAGGAGAAAAAAUUCAAGGCCAAGCUGAAGAAGGUGAAGAAGAAGAAGAAACGCGGCGAGGGCGACCUUUCCGACGAGGGCCUCCCUUAUGUGGCCAAGACCUUCGCCAAGUUCUCCCAAGAUGCGCCGGCGCCAAUGCUGAAGAAGAAACACCUGAGCGUGGAACAGCUCAACGCACGGCGACGCAAGGUGUGGCUCACCGUCGCCAAGAAGGAGAUCCCCAAGUCUUUCAAGCAGAAGACCUCGGCUAAGAACCUGGUGUUGACCAACGCUAAAAAGUUGGCCCACCAGUGUAUGCGGGAGGUGCGACGCGCCGCAAUCCAGGCACAGAAGAACUGCAAGGAGACGCUGCCUCGCGCCCGCCGCCUCACCAAGGAGAUGAUGCUUUACUGGAAAAAGUACGACAAGGUAGAAAAGGAGCACAGGAAGCGGGCCGAGAAGGAGGCGCUGGAGCAGCGUAAACUGGACGAGGAGAUGAAGGAGGCCAAACGUCAACAGCGCAAGCUCAACUUCCUCAUCACGCAGACAGAGCUCUACGCACACUUCAUGAGCGGCAAAGCCUCCGCCGGCUCACCAGGGGGCGACGAAGAGGAGAUUCUGAAGAAGCUGGACGACACCGGCGCGCGGAGGCAGAUCGACAUUGGGGGAGGCGUGAUGGUCAACGUGGGACAGGAGGACUACGACAGUGAAUAUUACAAGUCUCAGGCCCUGAGGAACGCACAGGAGGCCUACUACAUUCAUCAACAGAGAACGCGAAUGUUCGACGAGGAUGCCCACGACAGCCGCAGUGCGUCGUCCUCCGCGGCGGCUGCCUCAGGCUUCGGUGAAAGCUACAGUCUGUCUAACCCGUCCAUCCAGGCCGGCGAGGACAUCCCGCAGCCCACCAUCUUCAACGGCAAGCUAAAGGGCUACCAGCUCAAAGGCAUGAACUGGCUCGCCAAUCUCUAUGAACAAGGUAUUAACGGUAUCCUAGCAGAUGAGAUGGGGCUUGGCAAGACGGUCCAGAGUAUUGCCCUGUUGGCCCACCUUGCAGAGAGAGACAACAUCUGGGGCCCGUUCCUCAUCAUCUCCCCCGCAUCUACGCUCAACAACUGGCAUCAGGAGUUCUCGCGCUUUGUUCCCAAGUUCAAGGUGUUGCCAUAUUGGGGAAACCCUCACGAUCGCAAAGUUAUUCGUAAAUUCUGGAGCCAGAAAACUCUCUACACCCAGAAUGCACCGUUCCACGUGGUGAUCACCAGCUACCAGCUGGUGGUCCAGGACGUCAAGUACUUCCAGAGGGUCAAGUGGCAGUACAUGGUUCUGGAUGAGGCCCAGGCACUGAAAAGCAGUACAAGUGUCCGGUGGAAGAUACUUCUGCAGUUCCAGUGUCGAAACAGGCUGCUCCUCACAGGGACGCCCAUCCAAAACACAAUGGCAGAGCUGUGGGCCCUGCUCCACUUCAUCAUGCCUACGUUGUUCGAUUCCCACGAGGAAUUCAACGAGUGGUUCUCCAAGGACAUCGAGAGCCACGCCGAGAACAAGUCGGCCAUCGACGAGAACCAACUUUCACGAUUGCACAUGAUCCUCAAGCCUUUCAUGCUGCGCAGGAUCAAGAAGGACGUCGAGAACGAGCUCUCAGACAAGAUCGAGAUCCUGACCUACUGCCAGCUGACGUCUCGGCAGAGGUUGCUUUACCAGGCCCUGAGGAACAAGAUCUCCAUUGAGGACCUGCUGCAGUCCUCCAUGGGCACGGCCCAGCAGUCCCACAGCACUACGUCGUCCCUCAUGAAUCUGGUCAUGCAGUUCAGGAAGGUGUGCAAUCACCCCGAUUUGUUCGAGCGCCAGGAGACACGCUCUCCUUUCCACAUGUGCCUCGCGCCCUAUGUCUUGUCCAAGUUCCUCUACCGACACGGCCUCCUCCAUGCUCACAACCAGGCCACACACAAGUCACUCCGAGUGCUGCUGUCUCCCUUUUCCCCAAAUCACAUCCAACAGUCGCUCUUCCACAGGAGAGGCGACGACGAAGGAAACUGUUUUUCCUUCCUGCGCUUCAUUGACGUGUCGCCUGCUGAGAUGUCCAACCUCAUGCUGCAAGGCACCUUAGUCAGGUGGUUAGCACUUUUUCUGUCCCUGAAGGCGGCGUACCGGCUACAUUGUCAGCGACUGUUUGCCCACCAGGAAGAAGAUGGAGGAGAUGAGGGGAGUAGAUUGCGGUCCAGAACUCUGUCUCGCAAAGACCUCCUCUUGUGGAUCUCCAGACCCGCUGCCUUCCCCAACACGCAAACCAGCCCUGUGCUACGGAACCUGGUCUUCACGGCCCUCAGGCCAGGCAUGGUCGGACACGCCGAUGUGAACAUCCACUGUCGACGUUCUGCCACCUCCCGGCUGUGGCCGUGCCAACCCGUGCUCCCCCCCAAGUUCCUGCUUGCAGCCACACCGAGGGUGACGGCGGUACCCAUGGAGCGCUAUUGCGCCGACCGAAGCGCCGAGCACGAGUGGCGGGUGACGCGCGCCGGAGGUGGUGCCGUCUUCAAAGAAUGCUUCCUCUUCGGCACGCCUGACCUGGCCUCCGACUGGCGGGGGAGGGCCGGUGCCUUCUACCCGCAACAGCCCGGCGGCGUGAUGGCCGUCUUCCCUCAGCACGGCUGGUCCUCUAUUCGGAUACCAGAUAAGGAGAGUCUAAUCACGGAAAGUGGCAAGCUUCACAUGCUGGAUAUCCUGCUGAGUCGACUAAAGGCCCAGGGACACAGAGUCCUCAUCUAUUCCCAAAUGACGCGCAUGAUUGAUCUGCUCGAGGAGUAUAUGGUUUACCGCAAGCACACCUACAUGCGCCUGGACGGAUCCUCGAAGAUCUCCGAGCGCAGAGACAUGGUGGCAGACUUCCAGAGUCGGACGGACAUCUUUGUAUUCCUGCUCAGCACCAGAGCCGGCGGGCUCGGCAUUAACCUGACUGCUGCGGACACUGUCAUUUUCUACGACAGCGACUGGAACCCUACUGUAGACCAGCAGGCCAUGGACCGGGCCCACCGGCUGGGUCAGACCAAGCAGGUGACCGUCUAUCGACUCAUCUGCCAGGGGAGCAUCGAGGAGCGUAUCCUGCAGCGGGCCAAAGAGAAGAGCGAGAUCCAAAGGGUGGUGAUCUCUGGAGGUAACUUCAAACCCGACACGCUCAAACCCAAAGAGGUGGUCAGCCUGCUGUUGGACGAUGACGAACUGGAGAAAAAAUUGCGUCUGAGACAGGAGGAGAAGCGACAGCAGGAGGAGAGCAGCAAGGUGAAGGAGCGCAAGAGGAAGAGGGAAAAGUACGCUGAGAAGAAAAAGACGGAGGAGUCUGAGAACAAGAGGAGGAAGGAGGCCAACCUGGUCAUCUUACACGUGCCCUCGGCCGACAACUCCAACUUGUCGGCGGACGGCGACGACUCGUUUAUCAGCGUGGAGAUGGAUUCGGCUAUGCCCAGCCCCUUUAGCGAGCCUGUGUGCAUGUCUCUAUGUGCUCCUUUCGGCCAUCAGAUCUCGCUGAGCAGCGAGCUCCAGCCCGGCUCCCUGCCGCCGGACGCCGACGCGGACGAGAGCAGCAACGACAUGCUGGUCAUUGUGGACGAGCCGCUGUCUUCGGCGCCGCAGUCACGUGCCACCAACUCCCCCGCAUCCGUGUCCGGAUCCGUCUCGGACAAUAUAAAUGGUCUUCCGACCUUAGACACCAUCAGUCCCGGCAGAGGGAGGUCGGUCCGAAGCCGAGGACGCCCUAAAGGAUCCGGCGGCGGGCCCAAGUCCGGAGGCAAAGGGCGUGGACGCAAGUCGACAGCGGGGAGCGCGGCGGCGAUGGCAGGAGCGAUGGCUGGUGCUGCGGCCGCCUCAGCUGCAGCGUACGCCGCGUACGGCUACAGCGUUUCCAAAACGGGCCUGACCGUGUCCAACCCCCUGCAGCCUUCCGUGGGCCGUUCCGGCACCGGCCCCGCCUUUAAUCCCGGCAGAGGAUCUUCUCCGCAGGCCAAGGGCGGAGGCGCCGCCGCCACCACACUGAACCUGGGCCAACAUCACCUUGUCAGGAAGAGCAAAGGACCCAAAUGAUGCACUCACCGAAGUGCGCUCCCACUAUACAACACAACUGACCUAGUCUCACUGUGAUCUUUGACCCCCCCCCCGCAUCUUUCAAGCUUCGUUUUAAUGUGGUCAAAAUUGGGCCUUGAGUACACACUUCUCCUCCAGACUUCCAAGGGCUGUCCAAUGCACUGAGCCAAGCCUUCCGUGUACAUCAGCAACCCUCAUCCUUCAUCCAUUCGGUUAUUUAACGAUUUCCAUUCACGGACCACCAAUGCAUUUCACUACCAACCCCCAAUUGUCGACAGCUUUUCUACUUAAAGCUCUUAUUUUUCUAAUCGUAAAGACAAGCGUGGCAGGUCACUCAAGCCAACGGGAUUUCUAUAUAUUUUUCUGUCAAUUGUGUAAAAAUGAUCCAAAAUGAGGGUUUACUGCCUCAAACGAGAGAUGCUGCUAAUAGGAAAUGAAUUAUUUCAGUGCAAAGCGUUAGUGGACUAGUAAUUAAGUUAUUUCAGUUGAGAGUAGACAUUUUGCCAUAACUGUGAAUAGGACAUUCACUUGUAAAACUUGUAUACAUUGUAUUGAAAUCAUUUGUUUAAUGGGGGGUGGGGGGGCUCCUGUGCUUGAGGAACAUUGCUCAUUUUUGGUGUCGUGUGAGUGCCCGUCAUAAGCUUGUGUUCAAAAUGUGACUAAAGGUAGGUAAAUCAUCCUCUCUCUCUCUCUCUCUCUCUCUCUCUCUCUCUCUCUCUCUCUCUCUCUCUCUCUCUCUCUCUCUCUCUCUCUC